AUGAUUUACCCGGCCGACGAAGGCGAAGGCCAACAUGUUUUUGCCGUCGGCAGCGUAAUUGUCAAAUCAAGGCACCGGCACCAGCACGUCAAGGUCGACUAUUCAUACGCCGACGCCAAAGAAACCCAAGCUGUUGCCAUUGCCAAGAGCGUCCUCAAGGGAGUCAGGCAGGAUAUCUAUUUCGCGGGCAAGAUCAAUGGUCGCGCGGUCCUAAUCCAGGAGAGACUUCCCGGCAUGGGUCUGACUGUCGCAGAGCCGUAUCUAUCGGAUGCCCAGAAGCAAUCGUUCAAAGAGCAAGCACGGGAGAUUCUUAGACAGCUGCAUACCGUCAAAGCACCCAGCGGCCGUCAAACUCGCCAGCAUAUUGUCCCGGAUCCCGAUAACUGA